AUGGCUUCCACCGACCAACAGCCAAAGUCGCAGCAGAAGCUGAUCCUCACCACCUCCGAUGACCACGACAUUGAAGUAGACCGCGACGUCGCCGAACGAUCUAUCCUGAUCAAGAAUCUGCUCGAUGACUUCGGUCCCGACGCUGAAAUCGACAAGAUCCCCAUCCCCAACGUCAACGAGGCCGUGAUGAAGAAGGUCAUCGAGUGGUGCACUCAUCACCGCGGCGACCCCCCUGCCUCCCAGGACGACGACACGGACAACCGUAAGAAGUCGACCGAUAUCGACGAGUGGGAUCAAAAGUUCAUGCAGGUGGACCAAGAGAUGCUGUUCGAGAUCAUCCUGGCCGCAAACUACCUGGACAUCAAGGCUCUUCUCGACGUCGGCUGCAAGACCGUGGCAAACAUGAUCAAGGGCAAGUCGCCAGAGGAGAUCCGGAAGACGUUCAACAUCCAGAACGAUUUCACGCCCGAAGAGGAAGACCAGAUCCGUCGUGAAAACGAGUGGGCAGAGGAUCGUUAA